AUUACUCCCUCGAUCGAUCGCCGUGGCACAGGCACCGUCCCGGUCUUCUUCCUCAGCGAUCCACGCCAUGUACCAUCUGCUCCUCCUCCUCCUCGUCUUGCUCCCCUUCGCCACGGCCGACGCCCACCCCGCCGCUUCCUGCAGCAACGCCACCUGCGGCGGCCAGAGCAUCGCCUACCCGUUCUGGCUCGCUAACUCCGGCCCCAACUGCGGCUACCCGGGCCUCGGCGUCUCCUGCAACGACAACGCCCCGAUCCUCGACGUCCAGUUCCACCAGUACAGGGUCCUGCGCAUCGACUACGCCAACCGGACCGUCUCCCUCGCCGACGUGGACGCCUGGAACACGACCUGCCCGCGGCUCAGCUUCACCCUCUCCGUCGACCCCCGCUCAUCGCUGCAGCUCACACCCUCCAACUCCAGGCUCACCCUCCUCUACAGCUGCAAGGCCGGCAUCUCCCGGCCCUCCGCCGUGAAACUCGACGGCUGCCCGGAACAGAGCAUGGCCCGGUACGUGCUCCCUGAUGACGACCGGGUCAUGGGCAAAGCGCACGCGUACGGGUGCGAGGAGGCGGUGACGACGCCGGUGCUGAUGAGCCCGCAUCGUCCGGCAAACCCGUCGCUCCGUGCGGUGCUCAGCGGUGGGUUCGAGAUGCGUUACGAUGAUCGGUCCGAGCGGUGCGGCGCAUGCGAGCAAUCCGGCGGACGGUGCCGAUACGGGCGCAUCGAGGAGCACGGCGGGACGGGCUUCUCAUGCGUCUGCGACGAUGGCGCUAACAAGCUCCGGUGCGGGGAUGCACUCUCCUUACGCUUGAAGAAACAAAAUUUGUAUAAAAUAGCAAGCACAUCGAGCGUAGUUUUGAUAUUGUUAGCAUGUUUGUUGGUCUACAAGAAAUAUAAUUCUGCAGUUUCGGGGAGUCGUCUUCCGUUCUCCUUUCAUGAGCCUGUUGAGGUUUCCUUGAGCCUCUUGACAAGUCACACCGGAUCUGGCUCAUCUAGAGGUGAUGCAGAGUUACCACGUGACGGCGGUGAUCUUCUCCGAUGAUAUUUUGGCUUGUAGGCUUCGUAAAUGGAUAAUUUGGCCCCUAAUUUGGUUUGGUGUAAAUGACAAGUGAUUAGAGGGAAUAAUGUUUACAAUAUGUAUGGCCA